GACCCUAUGUUACAGGUAAAGAUGGCAGCAAGGUGACGACUGUGGUGGCGACCCCUGGGCAGGGUCCCGACCGGCCCCUGGAAGUCUCCUACACUGACACCAAGGUCAUCGGAAAUGGCAGCUUUGGAGUUGUCUACCAGGCCAAACUCUGUGAUUCCAGUGAAAUGGUCGCCAUCAAGAAAGUCCUCCAGGACAAGAGGUUUAAGAAUCGAGAACUUCAAAUAAUGAGGCGUUUAGAACAUUGUAACAUAGUUAAACUAAAAUAUUUCUUCUAUUCAAGUGGAGAUAAGAAGGACGAAGUAUAUUUGAACCUAGUGCUGGAAUACAUCCCAGAGACUGUUUAUAAAGUGGCCAGGCAUUAUAGUAAAUCGAAGCAGACUAUACCUAUUAGUUUUAUAAAGUUGUACAUGUAUCAACUGUUCCGAAGUCUGGCCUACAUCCACUCAUUAGGCAUCUGCCACCGGGACAUCAAGCCUCAGAACCUGCUGCUGGACCCUGAGACCGGAGUGCUCAAGCUCUGUGACUUUGGUUCCGCCAAACACUUGGUCAAAGGAGAGCCCAAUGUCUCAUACAUCUGCUCACGGUACUACCGUGCACCGGAGCUCAUCUUUGGGGCCAUUGACUAUACUACUAAAAUAGAUGUUUGGAGUGCGGGCUGUGUACUAGCGGAACUGCUGCUAGGACAGCCGAUAUUCCCCGGAGACUCCGGAGUGGAUCAACUGGUCGAGAUCAUAAAGGUCCUCGGCACCCCGACUCGGGAACAGAUCCGUGAAAUGAAUCCGAACUACACAGAGUUCAAGUUCCCCCAGAUAAAAUCACAUCCAUGGCAAAAGUUUAUGCUCCAGCAAAUGUCAGUCCCGAAAUGCACAACUGACCACCAAAAGAUAAGAGUAAGUGUGUCUUUGUGCGUUGGUGCGUGUGUUCCCUUUAACCUGGCAACUCUAGGUCUGGGGAUGGACGGGAAUAAUAUGUUGAAACAAUACAAAUGUUGAGUGAUUAAGCCAGCA